AUGACUACCUUAUUGCAAGAUGAUUCCAACCUUCCAGUGUAUCGAGUGAUAUCAAGUACCUUUAUCAGUGCUCCUGAUUACCAAAAGAUGUCAAAGGCGCAGUCUUUCCAGAACUACCGCAGUUCCAUUUCGGCUCAUACCCCCCAGAAGCUCCUGCAAAAAAGGGAGUCAGGGGCAGUGGGACCAGCAGAAAGAGUGGUGAUUCAAAGACGGGGCCGCAGAGCACCUGGUGCCACAGCCAAGAAGCUUGCGGCGGCUAUGAAGCUCAAGCAAUCUCGCGAGGAAGCCACCACCAAACUGGAAGUGGACCGAUUGGUCCAAAAGAACGUCAUUAGUGCCAACAAUGCAAGUGUUUGGAUAAAUCCAGCAUUUCCUACUGCCCUCAAAGCCCAGAGCGAAGCGAGCAGGAGGCAUCUUGUCAUUGAAGCUUCAAAGUGGCACGAUACUCCAACUGCUACUGGCAGUGUGAGCAAAGCAAAGCCAGAAGAAAUCUUAGAGCAAGUAGAUAUAUCUUUGAAGGCAACUACAAUGGACCUGAGCAUUGCAUACACAAGCACUCACUCGACCUCACACCCAGAAGAUAUGCCUGACACACGGGCUGAAUGGGCAGUAUGCAAUGCCAGCUCCCAUGACAAACAACUGCGUGGGUCGCUCAUGGGGCUUGACUCCCGCUUCUGA